CACAUGAUGAAGUCCAAAAAUGAUUUGACUUCUAGACAAAAAAGCAAAAAAAAAAAAAAAAAAACCUUAAGAUGAUUAAGUUAAGUUAAGUGUUUUAAGUUAUCUGCAAAUAACCCACUGACAUGACAGUCUGCUUAACCUAACCCACACAUAACAAUGGAGAUGACGUUAUACUUAUGUGUGGAUUUCACAAUGGAUUUAUUAUGACAGUGUCUCAGGCUCUGUUUGUCAGGCGUGUGACGGAGGCCAGGGACAGUCAUCCCAAUGAGCUACAUGUGCCUCUGUUAUCUUGAUCUGUCACCUGCUUCAAGUGUGGAGUGUGGAGAUGCCGCUGUGACAGAAGAUGAAAAGAAUGUAGGCAUUAGGUCUCAAUGCAAGGACUAUAAAAAGGGACCAAUGAGCCGAAAAGGGUUCUUGACCUGAUAUUUGAAGGAGUGAAGCAUUAAUUGCUAUACUGCACGAACAAGAAUAAUAUCCUGGGAAAGUAAUUGGAUUAUUGAUGCACUGGGGAGGACAGAAAUGGGGAGGAGAGAGCCCUGAUUGAACUUUUCAUGACAGAGUUUGAAAAAAAAAUAAAAAAAAUAGAAUUGAAGGCCCAAAUGGUUACUGGACUAAAUGAGCUGUUAAGAUGAGGACACUGGGUGGACCAGGGCUGCUGCUGCUUCUUUUGCAGAGCGUUUGGGCUUUGGACAUUCCUCUGGAAACUAGACAACCCCCGACUAUCAUAAAACAGUCUAUGCAGGAGCAUAUUGUGGACCCCAAAGACACAAUGGUAAUAGAGUGUGAAGCCAAAGGCAACCCUCAGCCUAUUUUUUCAUGGAGGCGGAAUGGGAAGUAUUUCAACGUGGCACGUGACUCCCAGGUCUCUAUGCGCAGGCGCUCAGGGACUCUAGAUAUCUAUGCCUGGAAAAAUCCAGAACAGUAUGAAGCAGAGUAUCAGUGCAUUGCUUCCAAUGAGUAUGGAUCUGCAUACUCCCACAAGAUCAGACUACAACUAUACAGAGCUCCAGUGUGGCCGCGGGAGAUUCUUGAACCUGUGGUGGUGAGCGCUGGCUUACCUCUGGUCCUGUCAUGUGACCCUCCACCUGGUCCACCUAAACCUGAAACCUACUGGAUGUCCAGCUGUUCAUAUGCAAGACCUUUCAACUGGCCUAUUCAAACAGCUUUUCCAACGAUGCAGCCUGUGCGGCAGGACCGCAGGGUUUCCAUGGGAGUCAAUGGAGAUCUUUAUUUCUCUAAUGUGUUGUUUAAUGACUCUGCUGUUGAUUACUGCUGCAAUGCUCGCUUCCCUUACAAGAAUGCCAUUCAGCAAAAGAUGCCUGUCAUUGUUAAGGUGCUUACAACUCAUGCAGUGACUGAGGCUGCCCCCACCUGGUUAUCUCCCAAAGGCUCAUCUAGCUCUAUAGUCGCCUUACAAGGGGAAGAGCUGCUCCUGGAGUGCAUAGCUGCAGGGAUGCCAACACCCCGUAUUACCUGGAUAAAAGAUGGAGAGGAUCUAGUAGUGACAUCACGCAUGAAAGUAAAGAACUUCAACAAGAUGAUUCAAAUCUCAAAGGCGUUGUUUGAAGACUCAGGAGAGUAUAUCUGCACCGCUGCCAACAAGAUAGGCUACACUGAGCACACAAUAAAUGUCAGGGUCAAAGCGGCUCCUUUCUGGGUGGAAAAACCCAGUGAUUUGAUCUUGGCCCCUGAGGAAAACGGACGGUUGGUGUGUCGUUCUGAUGGGGCCCCUCGUCCCACCAUCAGCUGGUUUAUUAACGGGGAACCAAUUGAGGCUGCUACACCACAGGAAAACAGACAGGUGUCUGGAGAAACCAUAACCUUUCGCAGUGUGACUGUUGCAAACAAUGCUGUCUACCAAUGCAACGCCUCCAAUCAGUAUGGGUACAUAUUUGCCAAUGCAUUUGUCAACGUGCUACAUGCGACGCCACGCAUUCUCGGACCCAGGAAUGAACUCAUUAAAACAAUAGAGGGAAGUCGUACCUUAUUAGACUGCCUCUACUUUGGUUCUCCUGUACCUGACUUGCGAUGGUCCAAGUACGGACAAGGAAAUCUUGAGGGAAGUCGUUUUAAGACCCAUAGUAAUGGGACUCUGGAGAUAAAACGCAUACAGAUAGAAGACCAGGGAACUUACCUGUGUGUGAUCAGCAACAUUGCAGGAAGAGAUGAGAAUCAAGUCCGAGUGGAGGUCAAAGAGCCCAUAGUAAUUGUCACCAGACCACAGAGUAUGAAAGUCAUACGUGGUAGAGAUGUGCGCCUGGAGUGUGGAGUAAAAGCAGAUAUCACAACUCCUGUCACUACAACAUGGAUGAAAAACAAAAACCAAGUCAGUCUUGGUUGGAGAAUCUCUCUGGACGAAUCAAACCUUGUCAUUACCAAUGUGAACAGAGGUGAUGAGGGAAAUUAUACAUGUGUUAUCAAGAGCGAGCUAGACCAGAAGUCUGCCUCGGCACACCUAAUGGUGAUGGACCGUCCAAAUCCUCCCACUAACUUGGAGCUGUCGGAUCCAUAUGAACGUAGUGUGAGACUCAGCUGGGCUCCUGGAGACAGCAACCACAGUCCCAUUACAGAGUAUUUAGUGCAAUAUGAUGAUGAUGACUGGCUGCCUGGAAAAUGGAAAAACCUUUCAACGUACCCAGGGAACCUUAAUUCAGUCAUUUUGCAUCUCAUACCAUUCACCUACUACCAGUUCAGGGUCAGCGCUAUCAAUGAAAUCGGAGCAAGUCGUCCCAGUCAUCCAUCUAUGCGCUUCCAGACCAGCGGUGCACCCCCAGAUGUGAUCCCAAAAAAUCUAAAAGGAGUGGGUACAUGGCGAAAUAACAUGGAAAUAAGCUGGGAGCCUCUGAGCUACAGAGAGUGGAACGGACCACACCUGAAGUAUCUGGUGUGGUGGAGAAGAAGAGAUUCCAGAGAGGAGUGGAAAAAUGCAACCACAAAGUGGCUAAAAUACUAUAUCUAUGAUGCAGAUACCUUCACACCUUAUGAGCUCAAAGUCCAGGCUGCCAAUGACUUUGGGCUAGGGCCUGAGUCACCUGUUGUCAUUGGUUACUCUGGUGAAGAUCGUCCAACAACUGCACCCCUGAACCUGAGAAUCUCUGACAUCGAGAGCACACAGGUUACUGUACACUGGGACCCAGUAUCACGAGAAUCUAUGAUGGGAGAAUUGAAACAAUACAAGGUUUACUAUUGGAGGGACAGCAGCCAGCUCAGAUGGCAUAGGGUCAACAGAGGUAUGAAGUCUAAAGUGUUUCCAAACGACGAUCCAGACCCCUCCGGUGUCCUCACUGAGCUCAUCCCCUACAGCAACUACAAAUUGUACAUAGUGGUGGCAAACAAUCGAUAUGAAGGGCCGCCCAGUAAUAAUAUACACUUCUCAACUCCUGAAGGAGUACCAUCUGCUCCAAGAUCCUUCAGGAUCCAACAGCGACAUCUGGACACUAUUUAUGUUGACUGGGAGCUUCCAGCAGAGCCCAAUGGUAUUAUUACAGGGUACAGCCUCAAGUACCAGACAGUGAAUGCGACCAGAGGAGAGGAGCUGAGAGUCGAGGAGUUCACGCCUAAUGUAACAAGCUUCUCAAUCCGCCGAUACGACCGCUACACUCGUUACAGAUUCUCCAUAGCAGCACGAACUCGGCUCGGACUUGGGGAAUGGCAUACAGAGGAGUCCCCCCACUACACCACAGAAAUAUAUGCUCAGGACCAGGUGGAUAUCACCACGCAGGGGUGGUUCAUUGGCAUCAUGUGCGCUGUGGCUCUCAUUGUGCUCAUCCUCCUUAUUGUCUGUUUCAUCAAGAGGAGCCGAGGGGGGAAAUACCCAGUACGGGAGAAAAAGGACAUUUCACUGGAGCCGUUGGAUGAUAAAGAUCAGGAGGGGUCAUUUGAUUAUCGGUCCCUCGAAAGGAUAGCACGGGUCUCCACCCUGCCCUAUCCUAGGAGAGAAGAGGAAAGGGGGCUUCAAAGAUCCCAGCCAUCUGUGGAAGCAAUAAUAAAGCGAUCAGACAGCGAUGACAGUCUGGUGGAAUAUGGAGAAGGAGGGGAGAUACCGUUUAACGAGGAUGGCUCAUUCAUCGGCCAGUAUACUGGAACCAGGAGAGAUGUUAGGGAUCUGGACUUUGGUGGAGGCCUUGAGCUCCACUCACCAAUGAAUACUGUUUAUUCCCUGGCAUAAAGCAUAUAAUUAGAAUUUCCUUCCUUCAUGUCAGCUAUUUUUAAGACUUCACCUUGCUUAUAAACUCCACAUUGCAUUAGAACCUGGAGCAACGGAAGGACUGUAAUGGGGAAAACAGCUGGAGACUUACCUGCUUUUAAGGACUAUGUGCAUUUAAAAGUGAAAACUUGGAAAGGCUGAGAUCGUCUCUGACAUGUUUGAAAAGAAAUCCCUUUUUGUUUUGUACAUUUUAUGUCCAUAGAUUGUACCUUCACAUAUGCUAUGCUUAAUUAUCCUGACAAUGGAAAGACACAGGCUGUGUAUCACAAGAAAAAGAAGAGGAUCAGUUUAUCAUGUUGAUAAAAGCAGAGGCAAAAAUAUCUGUAAAUGUUUUUUUUUUUCCCUGCUAAUUCCAAUAAUGAGAUUUACUUUAUUUUUACAUUCUUGAUUUGUUUAAAAAAGGGUUUGAUACUACUCAUUCGCUAUGAGAGGGGCCACAGUAUCAUCCCUUUAUAGAGCUUUCUGAUUUAAACUAGAUGGACACUCCUAAAAGUGCACUUCUCUGCCAACAUGAGCGUUUUAUCUCCCGUUUUUAGAAAGUCUUUCAGAUUUGUUAAAUUCAGUGGGUUCUUUCUUUGCAUCUUUAUCAAGUUUCAAAUCAAGUUGAAAUUCAGCUUGGUAGAUGUGGCAUAAAGCUGUUGUCAAACAAACAACGCAUCUUUCUGCUUUAGUGGAGGAACUAGAAGACCAACCAUUCAGGGAAUCAGCAAGCUGCCACAAAUCAGCUGUAAAAUCAGAAGUAUCUCAUUUCCUAACUUCACUGACAGCUGGGUUUAUUUAUCUGUAUUUAACACUUCAUUUUACUCCUAAUGUCAGCUGUGUACUCUGACAGCUGUGUCUUAAUUUAAAUAAAGUCAAAGUAUUUAUAUCUA